AUGUCGAGUAACUCAAUGAUUGAUCAUUAUAAUUCUCAUGAAAAUUUCGAUAACCUCAAUCCAUCAAGUCAUACAAUUCAUACUAACACAUCUAAUAACAAUGAAUAUAAACAAAAAUUACUUGAAAAAGUCGAAAAUGCUAAUAGAAAUGGUGAUUCAUCAUUUCUUGAUACACUUGAAAAACUUCGUCGCGAACAACGUGUACAAUUAGAACAAGUUGAACGGGAUUAUUACAAUCAAACGACAACAUCAUCAAAUGAUAUACCAAACUAUACUCAGGAAAAACAACUACAAAAAAACCAUGAAACAAUAGUAACAACAAAACCACCCUUACCAAAAACAUCAAAACAAUUACCAUCACCUAUAUUUUUAACUGAAGAACGUGCUCAACAUCAUAUACAUCAUCGUCCGAUGUCUGCUAAUAUCAUUCAAAGACAUGAUGAUGAAAUAGCUUUUUGUCCACAUCGAACAACUACUGAUGAUACAACAAGAACUGUACAUGAUCUAACAACUAAUCAUAUUAAAAAUCAAAUACAAAGUCUGUGGAAUGAAUAUGAAUUAGAUGAUUAUUUAGAACAGAGAAAAACUCGUCGUUUACCAACAGCAGCUAGUUGGGCUGGUCGUAUUACAAUUCCAGCACCGUUUGCUCUUACAAAUAGUAUGAAUAUGGAUAAUAUACAUCGAAGAAAAUGUAUGAACGAGAUAGAAGCAGCAAAAUUACAAAAAGAAGUUGAUGAAGAACUUAAUCUUCGUCGUUCUUUUAAAGCUAAUGAUGUUCCGGGUUAUGUUCAUAUGCCAUUAUAUGAACAAUUACAAGAAGAACAACGUAUUCGUCGUGAACAAGUUCAUCAAAUGACUAGAGAUUAUUUAUCAUCAAUAUCGAAACCAUUUGGUUUUGAUGCACGUGAAAAAGCUAAAACAAUAUUACGACGACAUUCAUAUUCAGCAGGUGAUAGAAUUCGAUCAGGAUUCCAAUUUAAAGCCAAACCAUUACCAGAUUUUUAUUAUCAAACACGCCAAGAUAAUGAACAAAUGAAAGAACAAUCACUUUAUCGUUCAGUUAGAAGAGAAACACGUGCAAAAGAAUUACUUCGACAAUCCCGUUUACCAUUCAGUAAUCAAAAACCAAAACGAACAAUUCGUUCAAUGAGUGUAAAUGAUUUAGCACGUAUUGGCUAUGAAGAAUAUUCAUUUAAACCAAAAACAAAUGGUUAUUAUGUUCCAAAUUAUGAUAAAAUUCAUUCAAAAUUUUUACGUACUAUGGAACAAAAAAAACGUACACGAUCACCAACAAGAUGUAAACCAUUUUUAUUAUAUACAAAUUUAAUUCCAUCAAAAAAAGAUAAAAUUCUUGAUGAUAUUCGAAAAGAUGAAAAAAUUCAACAUUCUCGAACAUUUCAAAUAAAAGGAAAACAAAUGCCAACAAAAUCAGCAUCAUUAACAAAUUUAUCAGCAAGUUUUCAACAAUCUGAAGCAAUACCAACAAAAACAACAGAAGCACAAAGAUUAAGAGAAGCUGUUGGAAAGAAAAAAAGACGACAAGAAGAAUUCAAAAAUAAAUUUGAAGAAACUUUUCAAAGAUCAAAAUCAGCAAAAGAAAGAAAAGUUAGAGAAACAAUUCGUGAAAGAGCUAAAUUACAAGAUCAAGCAGUUGUUUUGAAAGCAAAAAAAGAUGAAAAAGCUCGUCUAAAGCGACAAGAUAUGCGUAAAAGUGAAGAUGAUUAUGCUAAGAAAUUAGAUGAAAUAAAUGAACGUCUUCAACAGCGUCCAUUAUUACUUGAACAAGAUUUAAAACAAAAAGCUGUUCGAGAAUUAGAAAGAAAAAUUAAACAUGCUAUGUCAUUAGCAAAUGUUACAGAACAAGAUUUAAUAAGACAACAAUUUAAUACACCGAAUGCUAAAGUUACUACAACAACCAAUGUUUAUUCGUCAUAA